CUCAGCUCUCACUGCCGCCGCCCUCAGAGAGCCGCUAGCUGGCGACGGCAGGGUUUAGUCUGCUCGAGCUUUUCUUCGCUUCGCCCAUGUUUUAUUGGGGUGGACUGAGCUCGCCGGGCAGCGCUGGCGUGGGUCUGAGCUUUGGGGAUGGUUUUAAACACAUCCUCGGCUCUAAGAGACUCUCCGAGCUGUCUGUCAAGCGCAGCCUGCUGGCGUUUCUCACUGCAGACGGAAAUGUGACUGUGGUUUUACUGAAUGGACAGAGUGAAGAAGGACAGAACGAAAGACAGACGAGUAGAGGAGGAAAAGCGCCGAGUCGGUACAAACGAUUUAAUAUAACGUUGAAAGAGCAAAUUCACUCUCUCAGUAGUGGAAAGCACCAUGUGGUGCUUGCGACACAGGCAGGGAUGGUGUGGGAGUGGAGUGAGCAGUCUACCAUAACCAAGCCCUUCAGAAGCUUGACUAACAAACAGAUUGUACAAGUUGCAUGCGGAGAUGAUCACUCAGUUGUGCUAACCAAAGAUGGUCAGCUGUUCACAUGGGGUCAGAAUUCCAGUGGUCAGCUGGGUUUGGGGAAAGAUAAGCCCAGCUCUCUGUCUCCGCAGCCCCUUAAGUCUCUGGAUGGGAUCCCACUGGCUCAGAUCAGUGCUGGGGGAAACCACAGCUUUACCCUUUCUCUCUCUGGAGCUGUGUUCGGAUGGGGCAGGAACAGUGCCGGACAGCUGGGCCUGGGGGACAAAGAAGAAAGGUAUGUUCCUGUCUGUGUGAAGAGCUUGAACCAAAAGAAGACAGUGUUCAUCUCGUGUGGAGAGGACCAUACUGCUGUUCUAACAAAGGGAGGUCUGUUGUUCACAUUCGGGUCAGGAUGUUACGGGCAGCUCGGACAUAAUUCACUGAGAGAUGAACAUCGACCUCGUCUGCUGGGUGGACUCUGGGGGUCAAAAGUGUCCCAAAUAGCCUGUGGACGACAUCACACUCUGGCACUGAUUGGAUCAUCAAAAAUGAUCUACUCGUUUGGACGUGGAGAGCAAGGAGAGCUGGGAAAUGGACAGAGAACCAAUCAGUGUGUGCCACUUCCUGUACACCUGCCACCAGAAUGCAGCCCUAAUCAGACAGUGGAGAAAAUCAUGGCUGGAGGAAAUCUUUCUGUUGCCUGUUUUCAGGAUGGUGAGAUCUCAGCAGGUUCAUGCAGAGGGAUGUCAGUAUUGGAUGAUGGAAUUAUUGACAGAUGGAUUUUAGACUGCGAAAACGCAAAAGCAUGGAACAGAGUGAAAAGUGAAAUCAAGAAAAUGUUCUCAUCGGCAUCGUGCAUCAACGGCAGCUUCAUUGACAAAAGUGAUAAACAUUAUAAAACAUCUGAAAGGCAGUCUGGUCUGGAUUUGUCGUUGGCUCGUCUUGCUUUUGAGAAGAUGGCCCAAAAGCAGAAGAUUUUACUGGAGGUGGAAAGUGUAGUGAGGCAGAAUCUGCUCCGGUCUCUGGGCUCCACUGCUCCUGGUGUUGAAGCUCUGAGAGUUUACCUCAUCCUGCCUGAGCUCCUCAGAGUGCUGAACAAACAACAGCAUGGAAAGCAGCUCGCUGUAGACCUGGCUUCUGCCAUUUUACACCUGGAUCAGGAGUCACUGAGUGUCUUAAGAAGGCUGUGGACUACACUGCCCUAUUACUACUACAGAACGCUGGUGAAGGUCUUUCACUCUGUAUUGGCACACUUCAUCUCCCAGAUGACAACUCAGAUCUGCAACCGCUGGGACGAAGCAUCGUUUCUUCUAAAGGUUCUGCACAAACUGCACGAUAUUAAUAGCAAGAGAGCCUCACGGUUGAUGGAUGAUUACUUCUACAUCAAAGAGCUCUUUGAGGUCUUUGCCUCUGUUCCAUUUUUCCUCAGUGAUCAGCAAAAAUGUUCAGUUUUUUUCAACUUUAUGAAAAAUGUGGACUGUCUUUGUUGUUACCCUUUCAUUCUUGACUUGAGGUCUAAACGCUUUCUUUUCAGUUUUUUGCAGGAAAGACAAAAGAAUGUGGAUCCUCCACUCGUCUGUGAAAACUCACUGUGUGUGAAGAGAGACAUGGUGCUAGCAGAUACUCUUGCAUAUCUGAGAACAACUCCUCCUGAUUUCUCCCUCCCAUUAAAGGUGAACUUUUUCCUGGAGGAUGGGUUUGAUGCUGGAGGUUUGUGUACAGAAUUCUUCACACUGCUUAGUCAGGAUAUAAGAAAAGCCUCCAGCGUGAUUCAAGCCUCUAAAGACUCAGGUCUCUUCUGGUUCUCUGCUGAUACCUCUGGAAGCAGUGAUGAGUUUUACUAUCUCGGCGUCAUCUGUGGAAUGGCCUUUUAUAAUCACUGUUACUUAAACAUCGGCUUCCCAUUGGCGCUCUUCAAGAAGCUACUGCACCUGAGUCCCACUCUCAGUGACCUGGAGGAGCUGUCCCCAGUGGAAGCCAGGUCUCUGAAAAAUGUACUGAUGGAAGAUGAGGAAGUUGAGGAGAUUUUUUGUUUGGAUUUCACAGUACAGGGCAAAGAGCUCAUUCCGAAUGGAAGACAAAUCCCUGUCACCAAAGUCAACAGGCAGAAAUAUGUGGACUUGUAUGUUGACUUCUUUCUCAACAAGUCUGUGGAGUAUCAGUUCAAGGAAUUUGCCAGAGGAUUUUCUUGUGGCAACUGCUUCGACUUCUGGAGGAUGUUUCUGCCUGAAGAACUCAGGCUUCAACUCUACGGCACAUCUAAAUAUGAGUGGGAAGAACUCCGAAGGAUUGCCACUUAUGAACACUGUGGACCCCUGGAUAAACUGAUUCAAAAUUUCUGGACUGUUUUCCUUGAGCUGUCUGAAGAACAUAAGAAGAGGUUUCUGAUUUUCAUGUAUGCAACAGUCCGCUUGCCUUUGGGAGGCCUCUCUCAACUGCACCUGAAAAUUGUAAGAUGUGACUAUGAAGAUGCAGACAAGCGUUUCCCAGUGGCUCAGAUCUGCUUCGGCACGCUGCAUCUUCCAAACUACAGCAACAUCCAAAUACUUGGAGACAGACUAAUUCAUGCCAUCACCUGUUGUGAGGAUUUCGGGAAGAUGUAGAAAGUCAUUUGAUCUGUUCUGUAAAGUGUUAGUGGAGAUAUGAGAUGUCCUUUAACAGACUAAGAGUAAAACAUGACCAUGGUCCAUGAACCUGGGUGAUUGUAUAUCAAGACUACAGAGGUCAUGGAAGACUACUGUGUAAAUAACCCCAAGCUUUUUAUUUGUAGAUAUUCACUGAAUGUUACAAAUUAUGUUUGCUUAUUUAAAUAUAUUUUUUAAUAUAUUCAAGGGGCAUUCUGGCCUAAAACUAGCAUUGCUAUGUUAUUUGUUGUGCUAUGCAGUGUUUUAGAGCAGUAUUAGACCCCCCAGCCUGAUCAGUUAGACAGAAUUCAUCAUUUUAAAUAUUUUCAGGUUUUCCCUCUUUCGGUGUUCUUUCACUACAGUACCCAGCAGGUAUUAAGCAAAUACAUUAUCGUGCAUUCCUGUGCUGUUGGCCAAUCCUGACUGCUAGCAUAGCCACUGAUCUGUAGGUUGAUUUAUUCAACCAUGCUAGCAUUAGUGUAACUCUUGCCUUAUGGCCACUUCAGACAAGGACUUCACCCUAUUAUUCAUAGAAAAUAUCUAGAGAGCCAGGUAGCCACCUUGCUAACUUGCUAACAAUAAUGAUUUGAUAGCAGUGACAUUAGCUACCAGGCUUCUUUCUGCAUUCCUAGUGAGAAAGAAUUUUGAACAGUCCAUACCCAAACAAUGACUCUUUAGCAGAUUCAGUGUUUCUAAGGUUUCUCCCACCUUCAAGAAAGAUUAUCAGAAGGAGCUUUUGUAGUCUUUAAAAUAGAUAAUCAAUCAGUCAAUCAAUCGACUUAAUAAAUAACAGUUGAAAUAGGGCUAAAAUGACUUACCAUUUAGGGGCAUCAUCUGUUUCUACUUUGUUAGCCCACCGGACCACCAAAAAGCAGGCAUUGUUCUGAAUGGUGGGUCAUUCUCAGCGCUCAUGUAUUAGUGGCAUUUUAGUGUGUGUUGCAGUGGUGCAUGUGGAUCAGACACCUUAGCAAUGCUGGUGCACAGAUUUUUCUCUAUUAUGCUGGUCGCAUGACUCUUAGCCCUGCUAGAAGAACCUGCAUACAGCAGCACGACAGGUCACCACCAAAACCAGAAUAUGCUGUGUUUUGUUGCUGGUCAACUUGUAGGACCAUGCUAGGGUGACCGGCUAAGCCAGAAGCAGACCAGCAUAAACCAGCAUGAAAUGCCUGUGUUGUUAUUUUCAGCGGGGAGAUGACCACAGCUCAUCUAAUCUUAUGAAGACCACAGCCACAAAGACGAGACAGAGUUCUUGAGAUGCAGAGAUGUCCCUUGGCAAAAAAACAAACAAACAAUAAACUAACAAAACAAAAAAAUUACUUAUGGGGUUGUUUGGUGUUUGGUGCUUCGCUUCAACGACAUGUUGCUAAUAAACCCCAUGUUUAAUAAAGCGGAGUGGAUGUAAUACUGCUACUUUCUCUGCUCUGCGGUGAAGGUUAUUUUGAUAAGUGCGAUAUGAUUUAUUUUCCCUCACAGUUUAGGUCAUGUUUAGGCAAACAUGCUUUAGAUCUAACGUAGCUAUGCAUACAUUCUGUUUCUUGAACCGAAGCUGUGAACAUCCUGUUUACUUUUUAAUCAUAACAUGAAUGUUUAAUAAUAAUUAAAAGCACAAGUUCAUGUAAAUAAUAC